GUUCCUGGGCCACGGGAGGAGAGCCAUGCCGCGGGAGAUCAUCACCCUACAGCUGGGACAGUGCGGCAACCAGAGGUUUAAAUGCAUCCUACCCCUCAGACCCUGGCAUUUUGUCCCCACCUCCAUACAGUUGGGUUUGAGUUCUGGAAACAGCUCUGCGCUGAGCAUGGCAUCAGCCCGGAGGGCAUCGUGGAGGAAUUUGCCACUGAGGGCACAGACCGAAAGGACGUCUUUUUCUACCAGGCAGAUGAUGAACACUACAUCCCAAGGGCUGUGCUGCUGGACCUGGAGCCUCGAGUGAUCCACUCCAUUCUCAACUCUCCCUAUGCCAAACUCUACAAUCCUGAAAAUAUUUAUCUGUCUGAACAUGGUGGAGGAGCUGGUAACAACUGGGCCAGUGGCUUCUCACAGGGGGAAAAGAUUCACGAAGAUAUCUUUGACAUCAUAGACCGGGAGGCAGAUGGCAGUGACAGCCUAGAGGGCUUUGUCCUGUGUCAUUCUAUUGCUGGGGGAACAGGCUCUGGCCUGGGCUCUUACCUUCUGGAGCGACUAAAUGACAGAUAUCCCAAGAAGCUGGUGCAGACAUACUCAGUAUUUCCCAACCAAGAUGAGAUGAGUGAUGUUGUUGUACAACCAUAUAACUCACUGCUUACUCUCAAGCGGCUGACGCAGAAUGCAGAUUGUGUGGUUGUGCUGGACAACACAGCUCUGAAUCGGAUUGCUACCGACAGACUGCACAUCCAGAACCCUUCCUUCUCCCAGAUCAACCAGCUGGUUUCUACCAUCAUGUCGGCGAGCACCACCACCCUCCGCUACCCUGGCUACAUGAACAAUGACCUCAUCGGCCUCAUCGCCUCCCUUAUCCCCACACCCAGGCUCCACUUCCUCAUGACUGGCUACACCCCCCUCACCACUGACCAGUCGGUGGCCAGCGUGAGGAAGACAACAGUGCUGGAUGUGAUGCGUCGGCUGCUGCAGCCCAAGAAUGUGAUGGUGUCCACUGGCAGGGAUCGCCAGACCAACCACUGCUACAUUGCCAUCCUCAACAUCAUUCAGGGAGAGGUGGACCCCACCCAGGUCCACAAGAGCUUGCAAAGGAUCCGAGAACGAAAAUUGGCCAAUUUCAUUCCCUGGGGCCCAGCAAGCAUCCAGGUGGCACUGUCUCGGAAGUCACCUUAUCUGCCAUCUGCCCACCGGGUCAGUGGACUCAUGAUGGCCAACCAUACCAGCAUCUCCUCUCUGUUUGAGAGAACGUGCCGCCAGUACGAUAAACUUCGGAAGCGAGAGGCCUUCCUGGAGCAGUUCCGAAAGGAGGACAUCUUCAAGGAGAACUUUGAUGAGCUGGACACAUCGAGGGAGAUUGUGCAGCAGCUCAUUGACGAGUAUCAUGCUGCCACCAGGCCCGACUAUAUCUCCUGGGGUACCCAGGAGCAGUGACCUCUUGACUGCUCCAAGGACAAUGGCCUUUAUUUACCUGCCUUACUGCUGUGCCUGUAUGAUAGCCUACCUGGCCAUCUUUGUGCC